AUGUCUCUCAAACAUUUCCUCCCCCUCCUUCUCACUACCACACCCCUCGUCUCUGCCUGGGGCACUCUCGGCCACGAUACUGUCGCCUACAUUGCGCAAAACUUCGUCACCAAUGCUACGGAGUCCUGGGCGCAAGGCAUCCUUGCCGACACCAGCAGCUCUUACAUGGCCUCCGUCGCAACGUGGGCGGAUACCUACCGGUAUACCGCUGCCGGGAAAUUCUCCGCGCCUUACCAUUUCAUAGACGCGGAGGAUGAUCCACCAAAAAGCUGCGGCGUUGACUAUAAGCGCGAUUGUGGAGAGUCGGGGUGUGUCGUUUCUGCAAUCCAGAACUACACAUCACGCGUAGUAGACAAGAGCCUCAGCACCACCGAAAAGCAAAUGGCCCUUAAAUGGAUCAUCCACUUCAUCGGCGACAUCCACCAGCCGCUGCACGACGAAGCCCUCGACGUGGGCGGCAACACCAUCAGCGUAACCUUCGACGGCACGGAGACGAAUCUGCACCAUAUCUGGGACACCAAUAUGCCGGAGAAGUUCAUCGGGGGUUACUCGCUGGCCGACGCCUCGUCCUGGGCGAAGAACCUCACCGCGCGCAUCAAGACGGGGGAUUAUAAGAGCGAUGCCAGCGGGUGGCUGCAUGGGAUUAGUCUGGAUGAUCCAGUGUCGAGCUCGAUGGCGUGGGCGACGGAGAGUAAUGCGUAUGUGUGCAGUACGGUGCUCACGGGAGGGGUGGAUGCGGUCGAAGGGAAGGAGCUGGAUGGGGGAUAUUAUGAUGCUGCGACUCCGGUGAUUGAGGUGCAGAUCGCGAGAGCUGGGUACCGGCUUGCGGCGUGGUUGAAUCUGAUUGCGACGGGGGAGACGGGGCUGAAGGUUGCCGGGGAGAAGAGGAGUAUGAGGCCGAUUCAGCCGGUGAGGGUGGAGUUGGAGGAUUGGGCGAGGCCGUUGAGUGCAGCGAGGUUGGCGAGGUUGGCGCACGGCUUUAAUUGUGGGCAUGAGCAUUGA